AUGUCAGAAGCCCCUGCAGAUGCCUGCGCCGAAGCCCUCCUGACCAGCUGGAUCAGCUGCUUCAGAGUGCCCAACAAUGUCACGAUGGACCAAGGACCCGCCUUUAUGUCAGAGUUCUGGUCUUCCCUGGCAUGCCUGAUAGGGACCAAGCACUAUACUAUAAAGUUCUACAAUCCUGCAACCAAUGGCAUAGUGGAAAGGGUCCACCAUUCCCUCAAGGCUUCCUUAGUGGCAUGCUGUCAGGGCCCAGGUUGGAAGGCACAGCUUCCCUGGGUCCUCCUUGGUCUCCGUACCACCCCAAGAGCCAACAGCAGCCCUUCCCCAGCAGAGAACAUGUACGGGGAGACCCUGACAGUGCCAGGCGAAUUCUUCCCCACCAACAGCACCGAUCCUGAUAUUCCCCUGGCUAGGGGAACAGCCCAGAUGUUCGUUCCUUGCCGAGAGACGUACAUCAACAGGACGAAGCAGGUCUGCCUGUGA